AUGAAGGAUUUUGGAAAUAUCAUGGAUGAAGCUACUCCAGUAAAGCUUACAGGGGGGAGUCGAAAGAAAGAGCUCCACGGAUGCCUAAUAACCUUCAAAGAGGUCAAUGUUGGUUGUCUGCUUUGGGGUAUACUCCAGACCAUAAAUUACCAAAAUUGGCAGAUAUAUGCUCAAACUUCAAUGAGAUUGAUUAGGUGUAUGGAGAAGAUGGGUCCAGACUCCUGAAAAGGGACGAUGUAUCUAUUCAGAUGCAUGCAGCGCUUGAUCUCUCCAGUUCAGAAACUUUAAGGUGUGUAUUUGAAUAUAAAACCUCUUGUUACAAACAAAUGUUUGUUGUUGUGAUUUGUGAUGAUGUGAUUUCGAUGGUAUGGAAAUAUUUUUCAUGGUGUUUCCUGGAUGGCAAACAUUCUCUCAUAAAACAUUGUCAUAUCAAUACAUUUCAAUUGGUUCACUAUCAAUAUGAAAUAUGAGAAAAUCUCUAUAUUUAAUAUGUUAUGAGCAGGAUCACUUAAUGAUGGUUCUUUUCAGUUCUCUUUCAACCGAUGAUAUGUUAGUGAAGUAAGAUUAUGUAAGAAUUACACCAGCAGAGUUCAGCUGUAGCCAAACUACGCGCGCUGACAAAAGCUCAGCCAGAAAAAGGUUAGCUUUUAAAAACAUAUGAUGCUCUUACGGAAACUUAAUCAAGAUAAAAAUCCUUAUUCUGUAGUUUUUAAGCUUGUAGAACAUACUGAAAACAAAAUCUGUGAUGAAACAACAUUCUGGGUUUAUGUGAUUUAACUGAUUCAAAAAUACGGCU